AAAACAGAGUCGCGGGAGGAUAAGAACAGCCACGACACUCUUCUGUCCAUACAUCCCCAGAGUAUAGAGAGAUGUCGAGCAAGGCGCAAACAAGCCAGACAGGCACUGCUGGAAAAUAACCUCCGCUCAGAUCACGGAAUCCAAGCGUUCGUAUGAAUCUCAAACUACGGUUACUGUGAAGGCCCAGGUCUUACGGCGAAAGGGAAGCAUCAUAUAGGACCAGAUGGAGUUGGUGAAAUGAAAGCAGACUACUAACAAAUGGACCAUCGGUCGGAAUAUAUGGAGUGUAGGUCAAUCCUCACAUGUAUCGAGGAGGAGGAGGAGGAAGAGGAGGGUGAUGAUGAUGAUGAAGCCCAUGACAUGGAAGAGGAUGAUGGGGACAGAGAGGAGACCCAAAAAGGAGGUGUAAAGGAGACAGUGGACCAAAUGGGGGAAGAAGACGAAGAAGAAAGUGGCAGAGUGGAAGGAGGGGGAGAAGAAGAUGAGGAAGACUCUGACUCUCCCUGUCUGACGCCAAGACCCUGGCGACUGCCUCGUGACUUCGACGUCGUCUUCCAAGAGACGCGCUAUGUGGACAAUGUCCAGAGUGAGUCUGGGUCAGAAGACGGCUCCCUCUGUACAGCCGAACCACAGCCCACCGCCUCUCCCCCCGAACCCUCUCCUUCAUCAGAACACACCCCUUCUUCAGAAAGUACCUCUCCACCCGAACACGGUCCUUCAUCAGAACACGCCUCUCCACCCGAUCAGACCUCUUCAUCCCAACACAGCCCUCCAUCAGGACACACCCCUUCUUCAGAAAGUACCUCUCCACCCGAACACGGUCCUUCAUCGGAACACGCCUCUCCACCCGAUCAGACCUCUUCAUCACAACACAGCCCUCCAUUAGGCCACAGCUCUCCACCCGAACACACCUCUCCAUCGGGAUACACCAGUCCUUCAGAACACACCCCGCCUCCACCCACACACUCCUCUCCAUCCGAACACACCCCAUCAUCAGAAUACACCUCUGCAUCAGACCACCCCCCUUCAUCAGAACACACCCCCCCACCAGGACACAGCCUUUGGCCUCAACCGGGCAGACAGUGGAGCCAUGGACUCCCAAACAUGAAGGUCUACUCCUGGGCAGAGAGAGCGUGGCGGCGGUCAAGAGCAGAGCAGCCAAAGAAAGGCUCGAAGAGGAGGCGUUCAUCAGAUGAGGAUUUUCCUGGCUGGUUGCUGGAGCUCAUGUUUAGCAUUGAGGAGUCGACAAAACAUGUACUGUUCGUUGAAUAUGAACAUGCAAAGGCAUAACGGGUCGUUGCUUGUUUUCUGAACUUCUUUCAAUGGUGUGAUGAUGUUGUUUAUCGUGGGGUAUUUUCACUGGGAUGGUAGAGGUUUACUUUAAGCUCAAUUUAUUUUUGACAUCUAACUUUAUUUUCCCCAGACAAGUCCCACAGACAAUCAAGUAUUUUUUCUUGAAGAAAACAACAAAAAAUGAAAGAAGCUAUGAUUUCUAAAUAAAAGUCCUAAAAAUUAAUGUGUUGCACAUCAGAGUGUUUUUUGACAUUUUUUAUGGUAGCUAUUCCUGAUUUGCCAAGUUAAAAGUUAGACCGAACUUUCUGAACUGACUAUUCAAACAUGACGACAACAGAGCCAGGCUCUUUUAAAGUCCUAUCUAAUACUACACCAAAGCAACAAUCAAUUACUACUGGCUGUCUUCACACAAACAUGUUGUGAUUGCGGUGCAGGAAUCCAUAAUGUUUGUUGUAAGGCUCUGUUAAAGGGUCAUGAGGCCGUUGUUUGUGCUGUCUGAACGAUAAGGUGACCCUUCACCAAAUAGACUGCAGUGGCCAAUAUGUUAUUGGGUUUCUUCAGUCAACAACUUA